CACCUCCUUCCUGUGCCCUUGGAGAGAUGCAAUGGAGUCCAUGAGGAGCCUGACCCAGACAGCCUUGACCCUGGUGGAGCAGAUCCUGGCAGAGUUCCAACUGCAGGAGGAAGACCUGAAGAAGGUGAUGAGACGGAUGCAGAAGGAGAUGGACCGUGGCCUGAGGCUGGAGACCCACGAAGAGGCCAGCGUGAAGAUGCUGCCCACCUACGUGCGUUCCACCCCAGAAGGCUCAGAAGUUGGAGACUUCCUUUCCCUGGACCUGGGCGGCACCAACUUCAGGGUGAUGCUGGUGAAGGUGGGGGAGGGUGAGGCAGGGCAGUGGAGUGUGAAGACCAAACAUCAGAUGUACUCCAUCCCUGAGGACGCCAUGACGGGCACUGCAGAGAUGCUCUUUGACUAUAUCUCUGAGUGCAUCUCCGACUUCCUGGACAAGCAUCAAAUGAAGCACAAGAAACUACCCCUGGGCUUCACUUUCUCCUUCCCUGUGAGGCACGAAGACAUUGACAAGGGCAUCCUUCUCAACUGGACCAAGGGCUUCAAGGCCUCUGGAGCAGAAGGAAACAACAUUGUCGGGCUUCUGCGAGAUGCCAUCAAGAGGAGAGGGGACUUUGAGAUGGAUGUGGUGGCAAUGGUGAAUGACACUGUGGCCACAAUGAUCUCCUGCUAUUAUGAAGACCGCCAGUGUGAGGUCGGCAUGAUUGUAGGUACAGGCUGCAAUGCCUGCUACAUGGAGGAGAUGCAGAAUGUGGAGCUGGUAGAAGGGGAUGAGGGCCGCAUGUGUGUCAACACUGAGUGGGGUGCCUUCGGGGACUCAGGUGAACUGGAUGAGUUCCUGCUGGAAUAUGACCGCAUGGUGGAUGAGAGCUCUGCGAAUCCCGGUCAGCAGCUGUAUGAGAAGCUCAUUGGCGGGAAAUACAUGGGAGAGUUGGUGCGCCUUGUGCUUCUCAAACUGGUGGAUGAGAACCUGCUGUUCCACGGGGAAGCCUCAGAGCAGCUACGCACUCGCGGCGCUUUCGAGACCCGAUUCGUAUCGCAGGUGGAGAGCGACUCAGGUGACCGCAAGCAGAUCCAUAACAUCCUGAGCACACUGGGGCUGAGGCCCUCUGCCACUGACUGCGACAUUGUGCGCCGCGCCUGCGAGAGCGUGUCCACGCGAGCAGCGCACAUGUGCUCAGCAGGGCUGGCGGGUGUCAUCAACCGCAUGCGCGAGAGCCGCAGCGAGGACGUGAUGCGAAUCACCGUGGGUGUGGAUGGCUCUGUGUACAAGUUGCACCCCAGCUUCAAAGAGCGGUUCCACRCCAGUGUACGCAGGCUGACGCCCAGCUGUGAGAUCACUUUCAUCGAGAGUGAAGAGGGUAGCGGCAGGGGUGCGGCCUUGGUUUCCGCAGUGGCCUGUAAGAAGGCCUGCAUGCUGGGCCAAUGA